AUGGAUCCCACAGAGGCGCUGCUAAUGCACGUCCAAAAACCAGAAGAAUAUCCGAUUACGGAGGAAACUGUGGACGGCGUCAAAUAUAUAGCAUUUGGAGACAACGCGUACCCUUCCAUCACUCGGACGGUUGCCAACUAUUCACUCGAAUCUCUCGUUUGUUUCCUCAGAUUUAAAGAUAAAACGCACGGAGAAUAUAGGAAAGAGGCAGCCGCCGCGAAUGUCGAAGCAGUUACCAGAAUUGAUAGGUAA